AUGGAACGUCACCCCCUCCAGUCCAACCAAUCCCUCAUCGCCAGCCUCCGCAGCCUCACGGAAUACGAAAAAUGGCCCGAGUUCGACGCGCUCGAGGCCGAGUUCAACCGGUGCUUCGACGCCGGCUCAGAAGACGCCAGGCAAGUCCGCGAGCACGAGUCUCUGGUGCAGGCGAUGCGGGCGGCCGAGGCGGGCGUGCACCGGGCCCUCGAGACCAAGACGCGGUGGGCGGCCGUCGAGAUGGCCAGGGUCAAGAGGGUGCAGAUCCAGGCCGACGCGCUCAUGGCCGAGGCCAAGGUGAUGCAGGACGAGGCGGGCAGGGAGAUGAAGCGCGCCAGGGCGGUCGAGGACGAAGGCGAGACCGAGAUCUCGCGCCACGAGGAGGUCGUGGCGUCCAUCAAGGGGAGGCUUGGCAGGAUCACCAGGGAGAGGGAGGGGAGGCGGGUGGCGCACGAGAGGAGGUUCAAGGCCGCGGUGGGGAGGCUGUGGCAGACUGUCGAGGAUGUGCAAGGCGUGCGGCCUGUGGCGGGUGAGGCUCCGGCACAAGGACCGGCGCCACUUUUGUUGUCGACUCCCUUCAGCCACAAGAAACCAGGAUCGACUAACCCUAAAGCCUUGUCCAUCUCUCAACUGUUGAUCAAUACCAAGGAAGAACCAUCGUCUGCCACAUCUCAUCCAUGUUCACCACCUCUCUGGGAACGCACACAACUACCAACCCCAGAGAGCCGUGGUCCGUUUUGCUGGCCAGCCCCCCACCGAGGCCCUAAUGCAUCGCCACAACCAAGAAACGAACUUUCACCUCUUGGCUCAGCAAGAUCUGAUGCCAAGCCAUCGUGUCUUGUGACCCAUCUCAACUAUACCACAUGGCAUCAACACCAGCCAAUGCAUCCACAAUCCCAACAAGAAACAACACAACGGAAAAGACGUGCCGUGGAAUGUGCGCCAAAGCCUGAUUCAACCCCAGCCCUGGCCGUACCACAACUCGCGAUACCAUCCGGCGCUUCCACCCGGUCCUUCUCUCCAGCCAGUUGCUCUCCACUAUCGACAACCUCAUCUCUCUCACACAUCCCCACGGCACUGCGCUUACCACCUCCGACCCGGUCCUUCCCAGGUGCAAUCCAGCUAUCCCCUACCCAUUUCCCACCACACGCACCGACGCCUGCACGACCAACCACCGGCCAAGUGCCAUUCAAGCACAGGCACAACACCAUCCCGCCACCACCCCUAUCCCACAGAAAACCCAAGCCCCUCACCACCACCGCCGGCAACGAAACCGAAACCACGGAGAACUGGGACACAUCCUUCCUGACGCCGGAACCAGGCCUCCUGGGCAGCGUGUCGUGGGAGCAGUUCCACAGCGACCGUAGCAAGUACCCUUUGUACAAGCGGUGGCUGUGCCAGCGCCGGCAGCGGGUGAGGGGGGUGCGCGGGAUGCGCGGCCCGCCUCGCUGGCUCGUCUUCAAGUGUCCCGCGCACCCGGCCCACGUCAUCGACAGCCAAAAGGAGCUCGAGAGGCACUACCGCCGCGACCACGUCGACGUCAAGACGAGCGCGCAGCGGCUGAGGGAGUGCGGCGUGCACGUCAGGGGCUGCCGGCUCGCGCUGGCGAGCAGCCACAACGCGCGCAUCACGAGGGAUACGUACGCCGUGGAUUGGGGGAGCGAGGAGGCGGUUUCUGGUGGUGGUGGUGGUGAUGAAAGAAAAGGAGGAGGCGUGCGGGAGCAGGUUGUUAGGGCGGUUAGUGAGCCUGGCGGGGCCUGGUCGAGGGGCGAGUAG